GGUUUAUCUCUCUCUCUCUCUCUCUCCUCCUCUCUCUCCCUCCGUUGCCUUUUGCUACGGCCCCUCAUUUUCUCAACACUUGGACAGAAGGAACUGAUACUGUGCCGGUGUGUGUGUGUGCUUGCUUCUUGUGUGUGUGUGUGUGUUUGUGUAUGUGUGCACGUGUAGUUUUGGGCGUCCUCACAACCCUCGAUCUCUCUGGACUGGACUGUACGUGAACAUGACUGACGGGACUUUCUAACGCGCUGCUCAUGCUGAAUGUUCACACUGCAGACUGAUGGAAUUUUCACCUCUGGGGACAUCAUAAAGACAGACAGACCGGACAACAGAUUUCAAACAGGUGCAGAGUCCUCGGUGGCAGUGUCGGCGUCGCGCGCGGCCUCGUAUCCCAUGGACCUACGGGUGGGAGAGCGGGGGAUGCGCCCUGGCUCGGACACGGCGCUUCUCACCCCGCUGCACCCGCCUUUACGCCUCAGCCCGUUCUCCCCUCAGCCUCGCACCUCCUUCUCCCAACAGCAACUGCAUCAGCACAUCCGGUUUAAUAUGGAGCAGAGGAGGCAGGAGCAGGAGCACCACGAGAAACAACAGGAGUUGCAGCAGCUGAAGCACAAAGACAAGAGUCAACAGAGUGCAGUGGCCAGUUCUGCCGUUAAACAGAAACUCCAGGAAGUAAUUCUUAAGAAACAGAAACAGGCGGCGCUGGAGAGAAACAACCCCAACACUCUGACUGCAGCUCCUGUAGCAUACAGAAAGCUGGGCCCAGACCCCAGUGCGCCCUCCCACACAGUCUUGUCUUCGCCACAGCCCUCUCCCGACCACUCAGGAGGGACACCGCUACGCCGAGCAGCGUCCGAGCCAAAUCUGAAGGUGAAACACAAGCUGAAGAAACACCUGAACACCCGCAAGAGCCCGCUCACCCGCAAAGAGAGCGCCCCGGCCACGGUCAAGCAUCGAGUACCGGACGCACUGGACUCGUCCCCCAGCAGCAGCAGCACGCCGGUCUCUGGUUGUAGUUCUCCUAAUGACAGUCUGCCCAAUGAGAAUGGGCUACUGCCAUCUGCAGGCGGCCUCUCGCAUGAGGCGCAGAGGCUGCUGCUGAGAGAUGGCACUCUAGCUAAUUUUACCAUCCAGAGUCCCUCCACGCUGCCCACCAUCACCCUGGGACUACCAGCCAACGCCAGGACCGAAGGGGAGCUGUCCUCUCUGAGAGUCAGCAGGAUGCCCGUGCUUACAGCCGGGGGCUCGCAGGUCUUCCUCCCCCUGAGCAGAGAGGACCAGGUUGGGCAGUUAAACCCUCACCUGCCUGUCAUCAUCCUGGAACCGUCUGGACUGGUACACACUCCGCUACUCACUGUUUCAGGCCUGGACCCCGUCCAGCUACAGUUUUCCCCCCAGUUAGACCACCUCACCCCUGGAGGGGCACAUCCUCACAAGCCCCUGAGCAGGACACGCUCUGAGCCCCUCCCCCAGAGCCCGCGGACCCUUCACACACAUCUCCUCCAUCAGCAGCACAACACGCAACUACUUGAGAGGCUCAAACAGCAAACUCACCUGGGCAAGCUGAUGUCUAAGUCGAGCGAGAAGCCCAGACUGCACCAGAUCCCCUCUGAGGACAUGGACUCGGAGGACGGCGGCGGCACGUCUCCCACAGAGCCAACAUACCAGAGCAGAGUGAGGGCGGAGGCACUGAGGGAGGCGGAGCCAACGGCAUCCAAGAACCACGAAGAGCAACUUAACCUGCAACAUGCGCUCAUACUCAACCAGUCGUUGCUAUGGGAACAGCAGAAGCAGCUGCAGCAGCUGCAUCGACAAAUGGAGACCCUGGCAGUACCCAUGUUGCGGGGUGGCGGUGGGGUUGGCAGUGGGCUGGGAGGCCAUCGGCCCCUGUCUCGUACACAGUCAUCCCCAGCCUCCACCUCUCUUAUUCUGCCUGAGAAGCCCCUGACCCUGGCCGCACAGGAUAGCAGCAGCAAACCACGCUUCACCACUGGCCUGGUGUAUGAUUCUCAGAUGCUGAGGCACCAGUGUACAUGUGGAGACAACAGCAGUCACCCAGAGCACGCCGGGAGGAUACAGAGCAUCUGGUCCAGGCUACAGGAGAGAGGCCUGAGGGGACAGUGUGAGACUAUCCGAGGUCGCAAAGCCACGAUGGAGGAGCUGCAGUCGGUCCACACCGAGCGCCAUGUGUUGCUCUACGGCACCAACCCGCUCAACAGACUCAAACUGGAUAACCGCAAACUGGCCGGGAUCCUGUCUCAAAGGAUGUUUGUGAUGUUACCAUGUGGGGGCGUGGGGGUGGAUAAUGACACCAUCUGGAAUGAGUCGCACACUUCCACGGCAUCGCGCAUGGCGGCGGGCAGCGUGGUGGAGCUGGCCUGCAGAGUGGCCAAAGGAGAGCUGAAGAAUGGCUUUGCUGUGGUCAGGCCGCCAGGGCAUCACGCGGACCCCUCUAAUCCAAUGGGUUUCUGUUACUUUAAUUCUGUGGCCAUAGCUGCCAAGAAGCUCCAACACAGGCUCAGCGUCAGCAAGAUCCUGAUUGUUGACUGGGAUGUUCACCAUGGCAACGGCACCCAGGAAGUUUUCUACAGCGACCCCAGCGUUCUCUACAUCUCGCUCCAUCGCUAUGACGACGGAAACUUCUUCCCUGGCAGUGGGUCGCCAGCUGAGGUUGGUUCUGGAGCAGGCGAGGGCUUCAACGUGAACGUGGCGUGGACGGGAGGACUGGACCCGCCCAUGGGGGACGCUGAGUACCUUGCUGCAUUCAGGUCCGUGGUGAUGCCCAUCGCACAGGAGUUCUCUCCGGACUUUGUGCUGGUGUCGGCCGGGUUCGAUGCCGCCGAGGGAAACCCCGCUCUCCUCGGGGGGUACAAGGUCUCCGCCAAAUGUUUCAGUCACAUGACCCGCGAGCUGAUGUCUCUAGCAGGGGGUCGUCUGGUUUUGUCUCUGGAGGGAGGUCAUGACCUCACCGCUAUCUGCGAUGCAUCUGAGGCCUGCGUCGGUGCACUCCUGGACACACAGGACCCACUGCCAGAAGAAGUCCUGCUCCAGAAGCCCAACGCUAAUGCUGUCCGCUCACUGCAGGCCGUCAUACAGAUACAAAGUCAGUACUGGCCGAGUGUGAAGGCCCACAGCGGAUCAGUAGGUCUGUCCUGUCUGUCCGCGCAGAGACGAGACUGUGAGGAGGCCGACGCCGUGGACGCUCUGGCCUCGCUCUCCGUGGGAGUCCAGAGCCUCCCCGACGAGCCGAUGGAGCAUGACAGCCACUCCAUGUAGAAGAAUCCGACCAAUGGCUUCACCUUCUAGGAUUUGUACCGCACCCGUAGCCUUAAAUCUCCUGCAUUUUUAGACAACCCAUGAGGGGGGGGGGGGGGGCGGUUUGUAAUUCCGCUGAGGCCCACUCGUCCGCCUUUUUCACACUCAUUCAAAUGAACCGACACACAAUGCUGAGCCUCAGACCUGCAGCACGAGCACGUCAGUGCUGGUUACCACUCACCUGCAGCUUGGAGACCUUCUGAAGCCUCACCGAAGAGCAGCACCAGAAGAUCUUUCAUACCUUUUAUGUGUCCGGCGGCACAGCUGUGACCUCAGAGCAGGGGACACGCAUGAUUCAGUCCAGCUCUAAACUCUUUUGAAGCUCGAUUUUGUGGCCUUAAGUCUACCUUAAUGUAAGGACCAAUCGGUUUCAGACACCGUAAAUCCCUGUUUCCGGCACACGGCGGAAUGAACCGAUAUCCGGGGGCACCGUGUUUGCAUAGAAGAAGAAGGAGCAACAUCCGAAAAGAAUACGAAAAAUUAGACACAGAGAUCGUCUGCUUUAAUGGUGUCAUUACAUGCAAUUCAACCACUAAAAGAAAACAAAGAACUCGAGGGAAAGAGAGAAAAAUGAAUACACGAAAAGGACAACUGUGGUUUUGUAGAAACAAAGGAAAAGGCAAACGUCCUUGUUGUUUUAUUGCACUGUUCAUUCCGUAAUGUGAACCACACGAAAAUCAAAAGCUCUGGUAUAUAAAAAAAAGAAAACUCCUCUCUGCAGGAUUUAAUUCCUUCUUCUUUUUGAAGAUCUGGAUGAAAUUGCGUCUGGUAUAUUUUUCCCUAAUCUUCAUCUAAGAUGUCUCAUGAAGUCUCUGACUCACUUUCAGUCGCAUUUCUUAUGAAGUUUAUCAAAAAGUUUUAUGAGCAGGAACAUUUGUUCACCGCUGUCCAGUGUCUUAGAUGCACACACACACACACCCAUACACAUGUACAAAGCAAUGAUGAACUGUUGAUGUACCACUAGUAUUAAAUACUGUAUGAUAUUGUUUAUAUUUGAGACUAAAGGAGCGUUCAUUCCACUGUGGCACCACUGAGGACCAUUGUAUUGUUCUGGUAGCAAUAAUGUUAAUGCACUUAAUGGACAUCACCCAAAGAAAAACUGCCUUUAAACAGCCUGCACUUGGCUACGGGACUGAGGACAAGGGACGAAUUCUGAAGUUAUGGAGUAGCAUCACGGUGACUCCACUUUUAAAAGGCAACCUUUGAAGCUGUGGAUUUAGGUGAAGAUCACACAUGCAGACCUUCGUGUGCUGUUUAUUUUGAUGAUCAACCUGGUUUGAAUGUUUUCCUCAACCACUUUUGGAGUUCCAGGCCUUAUCGCAGUGUAAUUAAGGAAACUAAUGCCUUGUGUUUUUUGUUAGGAGGUGAACUCUGAGUCGUCUUUUUUCUUCUUUUUUUUUCCCCACAUGACACUUGUCUCUGCACCUCGUCCUAUCGUGCUUUAAUCAAGCUGGUCAUGGCCUCGCUUAGUAUGUUGAUCCCCUUGAUGUACGCUGACGUUUGAAGUAGAGGUCGCGUUGAAGAAUCUGCUGUCGGGCCACGUAAAGGGCAUGCAUUCCAAAAGUGAAAACAAAAUAUUGUAGUUUGGAUGUUUUUGUUGAAAUCUCUUUUUUAUGUACACUCGGAUGGGCCAGUUCAAGAACAUUUGACGGCCAAUACUUAUGUUUUUAAAUCAGAGUUGCAGAUAGCCGAGUCUUAAUAAUAAAAUAUGACAAAGUUGCGGCCAAAGAAAACAGUUUUCUUCUUUAGUUAUAGAGGUUUUUUUUUUUUUUUACAAGCUUCCAAAACUGAAUCCAAACACUAAAACUGUGACAAAUGACAUUCAUGUUUGACCACUUGACACAGCCUCGCUUUGAAAAUGUUGCCUUUGAGUUUUUACACCCAGGAGGGAACUUGAAGCAGCACAAUUGGAUUUUCAACUCUCGUUGGGAAAUAUUUGACUUUCUGUGUAAAUGUAGCUUUGCAAAAAAGUGAAAAUGCAAACAAGCCGUCUCCACAGCGGGUGUGAUGAGACUGGUUGAAGGAAGGGUUACCAUUUAUUUUCAUCCAAGUAGGAAACUGUGCUCAGUUUGCUUUAGUUGAACCCUGGGCAUCAUCUGCCCAACAGAAGGCCUUGUAUAUUAAGCCAAAUGACAGUCGAGCUAGAGACUUUGCCUUUGCAGGAGUCCCACUGCUGUUGUACUACUGCCUCAUUCCAGUGGGAAUCAUUUGGAAAAUGUUAGAUUAGCGUUCUGUAAUCGGUGUAACUGAAAAGCGUGUCUCGCUUUCGCUGUUGUAAAUAGUGUUGCUAGUGACGGCGUUGCAACAAUAUGCCAGCGUGCCCAUCGGGUGCACCCGUUGUCUACGGAGUCCAUGUCCGCGGUGUCCAAUGUGUCAAGGAGCGCGCGUGUGCGAGAGGCGACUGCGUUCUCCCCGCAUAUGUAACGUGUGUUGUGUGCGUGCGUUUAAAAGCGUUGGUCUGUGUAUUUGUUGGCCCGUCAAAUACUGUAAAUGAGCUGUUAUAUUCCAGUGGCUGUUCUAACGUCUUAUGGAGAGGCCAGUAUUGCCUCAACUCUUAAUUCCCACAGUUACCGAUGUCAAAUGUAACUUCUUCUUAAAGAAAGACUCUGUAAAUAUGAACUCCAUGACCAAAGUGCACGUGUCACACAUGUGCCUUGAUACAUUCAGCAGUAGUAUCUGUAUUGGUAACUCUUAACUAACUGGACUUACAGUAACUAUGUGGUAUCUAUUAAUGUGACUUUGACAUCUUUCUUUUCAUGUCUAUCUUUAUUAUUUACCUGUCUGUUUUAUUUUUCUUCACAUUUCCUACCACGUGUAUGUAUAGAAAGAUUGUCCAUUUUGUACUGUUAUUUUUGUCCUUUCCUCUUGAUUAAAAUGGUCAUUUCCAG